CGCUAUUUCAAAGUUCAAACCUUUCGUCUUGACCCUUUUUCACAAGACGGUCAAGUGUAAACCCUCAGGAUUGGAGUCCCGCAGAGAGGUUAUCGCACCGGGAAUUGCCCGAAACACAGAAAACUUAUGGCCUUCACUGUAUCCCCAAACUCAGUUCACUUCCCACAGCCCUCUCACUUUCAUCCAAGAAAUCCCUUUCGCAGAUGCUCAAUUCCGCCUCCAAUUUUACCCCCUUCCUCUCUCAGCUUCCCCAAGGGCUUAGCAAACAGACUGGUUGUUGUUUUUUCGGCAUCCUCUGCAGCAGGAAGUUCAAACUCAAAUAGUGAUUUGAAUCCUUAUGAGGUUUUAGGUGUAAGCCAACUUGCCGGAUUUGAGAAGAUAAAGACAGCAUAUGCUAGGAAACACAAAGAUGCUGAACGGAGGGGCGAUGAAGAAGCUGCUAAACAACUGGAAAUAGCAUAUGACAGGAUCAUGAUGUCGCAACUCACACAAAGAAAGAAGGGUGUUACUUUUGGAUCACUUAAGGUUUCUAAGGAGAUAAAGUAUGCUGAUAAGCUGCCUAUUGUACCGUGGGGCCCCAGGUUCAGCAAAUCAGAAGUGAAAGACAUACGAAUUAAUUUGGCACUUUCAGCUGUAUUUACAACUUGGGUUCUUAUCAAGCAGAAUGCCGACUGGAAGCCUUUGCAAUUCUUGGCUUUCGUGUUUGUGUACAGGAUUUUUGAAAAAUUAAAAUCAUUGGAGCCUCCUCAAUCCCUCGUGUUCACAGAAGCGGAGGAUAAUGGGCGAAUGUUAAGGAUGGGUAGAAGGCUUAUUCGUUCUCUUGGCCUAGCAUUCGGGUGCAUUGCUGUUGCUUCUUUGGGAUACACAGGCCUCCUAAAUUUGAUUGAAUCAACUGGUCGUUUUAUUCCGGCUAUUAUUUACAACAACCAGGAACCAAUCGUAACCGCUGCAACAGCCGUCUUGCUUUACAUCGUGGCAUCAUAUUACCGAUGAUGAUGAUGAUGAUGAUGAUGAAUAUUGUAGAUUUGCGUGUCCACAGCGCAGUUUGUUAGAAAAUGUGUUCUUCAUCUGCUGGGGUGGCUGCCAUUGAUAAUGAACAAGUCUCAAAAUCUCUUUUGGAGGUUGUGAGGAUUGAUCAAAAUCUUGUACCAACCAAAUAUGACGAAAAAGAAGAGCCUUAUGUUUUGUGAGUUUUAAAACGUCUCUCACAAACAAAGUUCAUAGCGCAACUCUUCCCAAAAGAUUUCCUUGUUUUCCGUUUUGGGUAGUCUAAAAAAGUUGUGCAGAUUUUAUAAUAUUUUUAGGAAGAAUAUUUUAUAUUUAAAAGGUUUUGCUAUUUGGUUAGUCGGUUUUUCAACUUUUUUUGUAGUACACAAACACUUGUUGUCUGUCUGUGUGUGUUUGUGAUACAUAUGGUGCGCAAAUUAGGAU